UUUCUGCGUGCAGCACUGCAGAGGAUGAGCUGACGUCCAGCUUGUUAUUAUGUCCGCCAACACCCAAAACACGCCGCAGCCACAACAACAGCAGAGUCCUUCAGCAUCGUGCCUAAUGCUCGACGUCUCAGGGAGAGAGAUGAGUCACCUGUGAGGUCUGGGCCAUGUCUUUUAAGAAGGAGACGCCGCUGGCCAACGCGGUGUUUUGGGCAGCACGGAAGGGAAACUUGGCUCUACUUCAGCUGCUGCUGAACAGCGGGCGAGUGGAUGCAGACUGUAGAGACAAUUAUGGAACCACAGCGCUGAUGGUGGCGUCCUACAGUGGCCAUGUAGACUGUGUGAGAGAACUGAUCAUGCAAGGGGCGGACAUCAACUACCAGAGAGAGACAGGUUCUACCGCUCUGUUCUUCGCCGCCCAGCAGGGACACAAUGAUGUCAUCAAACUCCUCUUUGAGUUUGGCGCCUCCUCUGACUUCCAGACAAAGGAUGGCGGCUCUGCUCUCACCGUGGCGUCUCAGUACGGGCACGGGAAAGUGGUGGAGACACUUCUGAAGAACGGAGCUAAUGUUCAUGACCAGCUGAGCGACGGUGCCACUCCUCUCUUCCUGGCUGCCCAGCAGGGACAUUUGGCAGUGAUUCGACAGCUUUUGGCAUCUGGUGCCAAAGUGAACCAACCCAGAGAUGACGGUACUGCCCCCUUGUGGAUGGCUGCUCAGAUGGGCCACAGCGAGGCAGUGAAGGUUCUGCUCCUGCGUGGCGCGGAUCGGGACGCUGACAGACAAGAUGGAUCAACUGCACUGUUCAAGGCCGCCAUGAAAGGUCACAACAGCGUCAUCGAGGAGCUCCUGAAGUUUUCUCCUUCACUUGGUCUUCUUAAGAAUGGCUUCACUGCGCUCCACGCUGCAGUAAUGGGGGGUAAUCUGGCGACUGUGCAGCUGCUGCUGAGGGCCCACGCCGACCCCAGUCUACCCAACAAAAACAACGAACUCCCGGCUGCCUUUACCAAGAGUGACCGCAUCCUUAGAGUCUUACAACCAAGAAUGUUCAAUGGAGACAGCUGAUGAAGGUCCAUAAACCAGCUUGCGCCUUUGGAAAGAAUGUAAAAUACACCUGCCAACUACAAUAUCUUAACAUCCCGUCUGUGUGUGAUGACACCUGAUGAUCAAUA